GUGACAUCAGCGAAAAAAAUAAACACUGUUGGCUCCUAUCAAACCAUUCAAGGCCAUAUAUGGUAUUACUGGAAGGGGAUCUCAUUGUCAGUUGCGCUUAUAAAUAACAGCUGCACUUCAGUUCGCGAAUGCUCGAAAGCUGAACUCUUUCAAACUGGUGAGAAGCACAUAUAAGGCGUUGAAGCGUAAGGAGAGUGCUUUGCAUUGUCAAAUAUUCAGCUUGUGAAACGCACCGCAGUUUUCCAAAGAUGGGUUGGAUUUUAACAAUGUUAGGAGCUGCAGUUGUAGCAAUCGUUCUCUCGCUGCUCUACAUUGUGCUGAAAAUCAAUGGAAGCCACAAAUACUGGCAGAGGAAGAAGGUUUACACCCUGAAAAACAAUACACCGAUUUUGGGACACUUUGGCCCUCUUAUGCUCAAGAAGAAAUCAUUCUGCCAGCUGAUAUAUGAUUUUUACCAAGACGUGAAGCAAGAGGAUGUCGCUUUUGGUGGCACUUAUCAAUUUCAAAGACCCGGACUGGUUGUCAGCAGCCCAAAGUUGAUCAGCGAAAUUACCAUCAAACAGUUUGAGAACUUCAUGAAUAGAAGGCCUUUCGUAGAUCAAAAGGUAGACCGAAUGCUGGGCCGUUCUUUGCUUGGCCUGCAGGACGAGGAGUGGCGUGAAAUGCGCCACCACCUGAGCCCUGCAUUCACCGGCUCUAAACUACGCGGGAUGUCGGGCUUAAUUGAGUCAACCUGCGACAAGUUCAAUGAAUUCUUGGCCAAGCGUGCGGACCAGGCUGACGAGCCCUUGGACAUUUACAACUCUUUCCGUCGCCUGGCCGCAGACUUAAUAGCAACCAUUGCAUUUGGUGCGCCAUCAGAUUCGAUUUCAGACCCAGAGUCGGAAUUUUACAAAAAUGGCCUGACAAUCACGGACUUCAGUGGAAAAAGAGCACCUGUUAUGAUGGGAUUCCUGCUUGUACCCUCAUUAAUGAAAUGGCUUGGAAUUCCGUUCAUCCAACAACGCUUGACAGACUUUUUCACUAGUAAAAUCUUCGGCGUGAUCAAGUACAGAGAAGAAAACAACAAGACGAGGGCUGAUAUGAUUCAACUGUUGCUUGAUGUCAGAUCGGGAGAUCAGAAAAAGGACAUCUCAAACAUGGACAUAACCUCUCAAGCAUUCAGCUUCUUCCUUGGAGGAUUUGACACAAUGGCUACCGCCUUUUCCUUCGUCAGCCACAGCCUGGCUUUGCACCCUGAAGUGCAAGAAAAGGUGAGAGAAGAAGUCAAAGAAGUGCUGUCCAAACAUAACAACAAAAUGGACUACGAAGCCACCAAGGAACUGCUGUACAUGGAUAUGGUUAUCUCAGAGGUACUCCGGCUGUACCCUGUGGCGCCAAUGACAGAUCGACUUUGCGGCUCCACUGUCAGUUUCCCCGAGUUUGACUUAACUAUCGAGAAGGGCACAUCAGUCACUAUCCCGGUCUAUGGUCUACACACCGACCCUGAUUACUUCCCGGAUCCCUUCAAAUUUGAUCCUGAGCGCUUCACAGAAGAAAAUAAGAAAAACAUUAAGUCAUUUACUUACCUUCCCUUUGGCGAAGGACCCAGGAACUGCAUUGGCAAAAGGUUUGCUCUAUUGGAGCUUAAAAUUGGACUGUCAAAAAUUCUGAAUGAGUAUCAACUGGAGGUGUGUGAGAAAACGAAUGUUACAAACCCAAUGGUAUACACUACAUCAUCAUCCCUCGUUCAACCAGAAGGAGGCUUUUGGCUUAACGUCAAGCCAUUGAAUAAACAAUAACAACUUGUAGAAUACGCAAUCACCUUUAACUUUCCAAAAGUAAUAAAUAACGCUGCAAAGAGCGAUCAAUAAUUACUGA